AUGGCUGCUCAGAGAUAUAAAGCUGUAAUAUUUGAUAUCGGCGGCGUCGUAAUGCGUAGUCCGUUCAUUGCCAUCGCGGCCUAUGAGCGAGAGCAGGGCCUACCAGAGAAUUACAUCAAUUGCUCUAUUGUUGAACGUGGGUCACAAGGAUCAUGGCAAAAAUUCGAGCGUGGAGAAAUAGAAUUGUUGCCGUUCUAUGAAGCCUUUGGGCGCGACUUGUCGGACACAGUCAACGGAAAUAAAUGGUACAAGGCGUAUUGUGAACGCAAGGGCUUAGAGUGUCCCAGAUUACCUGAGGCGCUUGAUGUCAACGGAAGAGAGUUGUUCGGGGCGAUGAUGCGUGAAGCCGGAAAGUACGAUCCACACAUUCGGGAAGCAAUCGUCCGCAUUCGAGCGGCGAGAAAGCACAAAGUAAUUGCUUUGACAAACAAUUUCUCAAGAAUCAACGUACCUCAAUCGGAGCUUGAGUUUCUCGGUUGGAGUGACGGCGCCACGCCCUCCCACCUCCGCGAACUGUUUGAUGAUUUCUGCGAUAGUAGUGCUCUUGGAACGAGGAAACCAGAGGCCGAGUUCUACUUGCUCGCCUGUGCUCGAAAUCAAAUAAAGCCCAGUGAAGCGAUUUUUUUGGAUGACAUAGGAAUAAACCUAAAGGCAGCUAAAAAGCUAGGAAUGGACACUAUUCGUGAGUAG